AUAAAUCAGAUCUCCAUGCCCUCUGUCUACAUCAUCCGGGUCACAUGGUCCAGUGGCUCCACUGAGGCCAUCUAUCGGCGCUACAGCAAAUUCUUUGACCUCCAGAUGCAGAUGUUGGACAAAUUUCCCAUGGAAGGGGGACAGAAGGACCCCAAACAGCGGAUCAUUCCCUUCCUGCCAGGCAAAAUCCUCUUCCGACGAAGCCACAUCCGGGACGUGGCCGUCAAACGCCUGAUACCAAUUGAUGAAUACUGUAAGGCCCUGAUCCAGCUGCCCCCCUAUAUCUCUCAGUGUGAUGAGGUGCUGCAGUUCUUUGAGACAAGACCUGAGGACCUCAAUCCCCCAAAAGAGGAGCAUGUUGGAAAAAAGAAAUCUGGGAGUGACUUGACCGCGGUGGACCCCAUGGUCCUGGAGCAGUAUGUGGUGGUGGCAAACUACCAGAAGCAGGAGAGCUCAGAGAUCAGCCUCAGUGUGGGGCAGAUGGUGGACAUCAUCGAGAAGAACGAGUCAGGAUGGUGGUUCGUCAGCACCGCCGAAGAGCAAGGCUGGGUGCCCGCAACCUGCCUCGAAGGGCAGGAUGGUGUGCAGGAUGAGUUUUCUCUGCAGCCUGAGGAAGAGGAGAAGUACACGGUCAUCUACCCGUACACCGCUCGUGAUCAGGAUGAAAUGAAUUUGGAGAGAGGGGUCGUGGUGGAGGUCAUCCAGAAGAACCUGGAAGGCUGGUGGAAGAUCAGGUACCAGGGCAAAGAGGGCUGGGCCCCAGCCUCGUACCUGAAGAAGAGCAGCGGGGAGCCCGUACCCCCGAAGCCGGGCCCUGGCUCAUCUGCCCACACAGGCGUCCUCGACCUGGAUGGAGUCUCCCGGCAGCCGAACUUGGUGGGCAGGGAGAAGGAGCUGCUCAACAACCAGAGGGACGGCCGGUUCGAGGGCCGCCCAGCACCUGAUGGUGACGUCAAGCAGAGAUCGCCCAAGAUGAGGCAGAGACCCCCUCCUCGCCGGGAUAUGACCAUACCUCGAGGUCUCAACCUGCCCAAGCCUCCCAUCCCACCCCAAGUGGAGGAAGAGUAUUACACCAUCGCCGAAUUCCAGACGACCAUCCCCGAUGGCAUCAGCUUCCAGGCGGGCCUGAAAGUCGAGGUGAUCGAGAAGAACCUGAGUGGCUGGUGGUAUAUUCAGAUUGAAGAUAAAGAAGGAUGGGCCCCAGCAACUUUCAUCGACAAGUAUAAGAAGACCAGCAAUGCCUCGAGACCCAACUUUCUGGCUCCCUUGCCUAACGAGGUGACCCAGCUCCGGCUGGGGGAGGCAGCCGUGAUGGAAAACAGCACGGGCGGUGAAGCCACUGGCCCCUCUCGGCCCCUGCCCGAUGCACCACAUGGCGCCGUGGACUCUGGGAUGCAGUGGUCCAAAGACUGGAAAGGCGGGAAGGAGGGCCUGAGGAAGGCGUCUUCAGACCUGUCGUCGUGCGCGGGCUACGAGGAGAUCUCGGACCCUGACCUGGAGGAGAAGCCCAGCCUCCCUCCCCGGAAAGAAUCCAUCAUCAAGUCGGAAGGGGAGCUGCAGGAGAGGGAGCGGCAGAGGCUGGAGCAGCUCAGGGGCUCCUCGCCCAAGCCCCCUGGCAUGAUUCUGCCGAUGAUUCCAGCUAAACACAGCCCCCCGGCCUGGAACGGCAGGAGGCCAGAGCCCAAACCUGACAAAAGCAAGUUGUUCCAACUGAAAAACGAGAUGGGGCUGGAGUGUGGCCACAAAGUGUUGGCCAAGGAAGUGAAGAAGCCCCACCUCCGGCCCAUCUCCAAAUCCAAAGCCGACCCACCGGAGGAGAAGCCGGAUGCCAAUCCCCAGAAUCCGUUCGUGAAGUCCAAACCUCAGGUUAGGCCCAAACCAGCUCCUUCCCCCAGGACAGAGCCACCUCAGGGUGAAGACCAAGUGGACAUCUGCAACCUCAGGAGCAAGCUCAGGCCUGCCAAGUCCCAGGAGAAGCCCUCGUUGGAUGGAGACAGCCACCAGGCUGCUGGGGGCCAAGACAUGGUCUUCAGCCGCAGCUUCCUCCCAGGGGAGGGGCCUGGCCGCCCCCAGGACAGGACGGGCAAACAGGAUGGGCUCGGCCUGAAGGAGAUGUCCUGCAGAGCCCCUCUGAAGCCAGCCAAGACCGCAGAUCCAGUGCCUAAGAAUGCACCCAUGCCUCUCCAAGAGGCUCCCCAGCAGAGACCUGUGGUCCCGCCCCGGAGACCACCCCCACCCAAGAAAACUUCAUCCAGGCCCCUCUCAGAGGCCAGAGGGCCCCUCCCAGAGGCCAGAGAGGGCAAAGGGCCCCUCCUGGAGGCCAGAGAGGGCAAAGGGCCCCUCCUGGAGGCCAGAGAGGGCAAAGGGCCCCUCCCAGAGGCCAGAGGGUCCCAGCGGGACACCAGUGAAGGCAAAGCAUCUCCUGCCCCAGGCCGGGCGUUGCUAGUCCCUCCCAAAGCCAGACCUUUUCUCUCCAACUCCUCGGGGGUCCAAGAUGACAUUCGAGGCAGAGGGGGGCUGGGGCCACGGAUGGCGGGCAAGAGUGGAGAAAACAGAGAGAAAGUCGCUGCAGCCCCCUCCCCCAGUGCUGACAACCCAAAGGACCUGUAUGUGGCCGUGGCCAACUUUGAAGGAGACGAAGAUACCAGCAGCUUCCAGCAGGGGACAGUGUUCGAGGUCCGGGAGAAAAACAGCAGUGGCUGGUGGUUCUGCCAGGUCCUCAGCGGGGCCCCCUCCUGGGAGGGGUGGAUCCCUUCCAACUAUCUCAGAAAGAAGCCCUAGCCUCCUCCCUCCCUGUCCGGAGGUCCUGCGCAUCCCUGCUGGCUUUACCCACAUAUUUAAUAUGCCUCUUAAUUUAUCAUUCUCCACACAGCUUCAGAGGGAGGAAGACUCUAGAGAACUGUGGUUUCUUCUCACCCAUGGGUGGGGUCAGCCCUCCCCCUGCCGCAGCAGCCCCUGGAGGCUCAGAGGCCACAUGCUUGUUUUCUCUCUUCUCAGCAUCCCUGCCUUAAGGACAGUGGCAUUGCCACCCAGCAGCGGUACCAUGACUCCCCAAGGCCUCCAGGACCAGAAUUCACCAUCUGGAGAAACUGCAGAAGGGUUUUUCAUGGCUUGGAGCCAGCAUAGUAAGGGGCAGCCCCCCUGGCGCCCCACCCAGUCCGUGACGGCUUGCUCCAACUUCUCCAUGUCUCUAAAAGCCCAGUGACUUUGUUCACCCAGUUGCUAAAAUGCCAGAAAGGACUUCACCCCGUAGAAGUGGGCUCCGGGCCAGUCCCACGGGAGUGUCCUUUCCCCGAGGCCUCAGGCCCAUGGGCCUCUCAGGUUUGACCAGAUGCAGCUGCCCCGGGAAUGGGCCUGGAGGUCGUCCACUGGGCCAUCCCACCCCCCCACCUUCUGUCUUGGGAUCUCGAUCGGUCCUAUAGGGGUGGUUCCUGGAACAUGCUUCACUUCCUGCCCGGGCUCCGAUCCCUCCCUGCCCCGCCUCGGGGCCUUUCACCCCUGUCUACCCAGAGCAAGAAUGUCAAUGCUUGUUUGUGAAAGGAGACUGUUCACAAGCCCCGCCCCUUUGCGGGCACCCCUUUGCCAAGUAGCUAGUAAGUAGGUGCCAAACUCUG